UCAAGCUUGACACCAAGUGGAGAGAAGUUUGCGUGGAAGUGUCUCAGGCAGCUGUGCAGUGAUGUCUUCCCACUGAAGCUGACAGUUGGAGAAUGACAUUGAAAUGGAGUCUUGCCAUGUUCCUCAGGCUGGUCUCAAAUUCCUGGACUGAAGUGGUCUUCACUCUGCCUCUCAAGUAAGUAGCUGGGACUAUAGGUUACCCUCACCUCCUGCUGUGAGGUCAGUUCCUAACAGGCCACUGACCUGUAGCGGUCCACAGCCUGAGGGUUGGGGACCCCUGCUAUAGGGGCACACCACCACACCUGGCUGUUUUGUUUUUUUUAAUUUUGCAAAAAUGAAGCCUUGAUAUGUCGCCCAGGCUGGUCUUGAACUCCUAGCCUCAAGUGGUCCUCCCACCUUGUCCUCAUAAAGUACUGGGAUUAUAGGCAUGAGCCACCGCACCCAGUCUCCACUCCUAUUUAUUAUUGAACACUAUUCCAUUGUAUGGCUGUUGUGGUUUGCAUCUGUGGCCCCACCCAAAUCUCAUACUGAAAGGUAAUACCCAAUGCUGGAGGUGGGGCCUGGCGGGAAGUGAUUGGAUCGUGGGGGUGGCUUUUCAUGAAUGGUUUAGUACCAUGCCCUUAAGUGAUGGUCUCAUGAUAGAGUUCUCCUGAGAUCUGGUUGUCCACCUUGGCCUCCCAAAGUGCUGGGAUUACAGGCGUGAACCACCGCACCCAACCUGUCAUUUUUAUUAUAACCCUUCUAAUGGUGUGAAAUGGCACCUCCCUGUGGCUUCCAUUCGCAUUUCCCUAAUAGCCAACGAUGCUGAAGGCUUCAUGUACCCAUUACCCACCUUGUAUCUUCCUUGAUGUCUACUCAAAUCUUCUGCCCAUUUAGGUUGUUUCCCUUCUUUUCGGUUUUUUUUUUUUAAAGCUUUAUUGGGCUAUAAUUCACAUACAAUAUAAUUCACCCAUUUUGUACAAUUCAAUGAUUUUGGCAUAUUAUUUUUAACUACGGUAAAAUACAUGUUAAAUAAAAUGUAUGGGAGGCCAUUGUUUCGGACCGAGCUCCUGCACUGGGGCCCAACAGAGCAGCCUAAAGCGGAACCGAGUCACGCGCGCCGGACGCCACCCGACCCGAGGGGAAACCGGGCAGCUCUCAAAAUCCUGGAGGCGCAGACCGUCCACACGGGACAGGGACGCCCGCUCGGCUCCACUCCGCGCUGAUCCGCAAGGUCCCGCCGUUUCCCCGCCGCCCACCCGGACGCCGACGAAAGCCAGCGAGCUCCUCAGCCUCAGGCAUCUGCAUCUGGGACCGACCUCCUGGGCUUGCUGAUCAAGGAGGAAGCAGCAGCAAUGUCUGCUGUGGGGGCUUCAGCUCCAUACCUGCAUCAUCCUGGUGAUAGUCACAGUGGCCGAGUGAGUUUCUUGGGGGCCCAGCUUCCUCCAGAGGUGGCAGCAAUGGCCCGGCUAUUAGGGGACCUAGACAGGAGCACGUUCAGAAAGUUGCUGAAGCUUGUGGUCAGCAGCCUGCAGGGGGAGGACUGCCGAGAGGCUGUGCAGCGUCUUGGGGUCAGUGCCGACCUGCCGGAGGAGCGGCUGGGUGCCCUGCUGGCAGGCAUGCACACGCUACUCCAGCAGGCCCUCCGUCUGCCCCCCACCAGCCUGAAGCCUGACACCUUCAGGGACCAGCUCCAGGAGCUCUGCAUCCCCCAAGACCUGGUCGGGGACUUGGCCAGCGUGGUAUUUGGGAGCCAGCGGCCCCUCCUUGAUUCCGUGGCCCAGCAGCAGGGGACCUGGCUGCCACAUGUUGCUGACUUUCGGUGGCGGGUGGAUGUAGCCAUCUCCACCAGUGCCCUGGCUCGCUCCCUGCAGCCGAGCGUCCUGAUGCAGCUGAAGCUUUCAGAUGGGUCAGCAUACCGCUUCGAGGUCCCCACAGCCAAGUUCCAGGAGCUGCGGUACAGCGUGGCCCUGGUCCUAAAGGAGAUGGCAGAUCUGGAGAAGAGGUGUGAGCGCAGACUGCAGGACUGACCCCUCAGUUGACCAGUCCCGUUCAGGUCAGGCUUGGACAGGCACCCGAGAUGGUGCCAAAGUGCAGCUGACUCUUCCCACGACGGUCCUGCCCUUCCCAUGAGGCAGGCUCUUCAGUGAGUGUUUGAACGUAAUUGUGUAGUUUUCUGUUUAAUUGAAAAAGAGAGUUAUGUCUUUUUUUUCUUUUUUGGAAGUAAAGCAGCUAAAAAUAUGUUUCUCUAGGUGGGUGUUGAACCUCACACCCUCCCCUUCCCUGUACAUUUGUCUUUGCUGCUGGACGUGGCCAUGUGAGGCCAGGUUGAGGCCCUUUGUAGACACCGUACAGUUGCUCAGCCUGGCCCCGUGUAGCCAGGUGCUUUUGUAGAUCUUGUGUUUUACGUUGGGCAUUUUCAUUCUUCUGCCUUAAAUCCCUGACCCCACAGAGCUGACAUUCUAGUGGGGCUGAGGGGAGGGGAAACAUUGUAAAAUAAAUAAUAAAAAUUAACUGGAAUAGCUCGUCA